AUGGCCCCGCAGACCACGUCGGCCUCCGCCCCCACCGAAGGCACGUUCCUCGUCAAGGCCGGACUCGCCAAGAUGCUCAAGGGCGGCGUGAUCAUGGACGUGACGAACGUUGAGCAGGCCCGCAUCGCCGAAGAGGCUGGCGCCGUGGCGGUCAUGGCGCUCGAGCGCAUCCCCGCGGACAUCCGCGUGGACGGCGGCGUCGCGCGCAUGAGCGACCCGGACAUGAUUGACGCCAUCAAGAAGGCCGUGACGAUCCCCGUGAUGGCGAAGGCCCGCAUUGGGCACUUUGUCGAGGCGCAGAUCCUCGAGUCGAUUGAGAUCGACUACAUUGACGAGAGCGAAGUGCUGACGAUGGCGGACGAGGAGAACCACAUCAACAAGCACAAGUUCAAGGUGCCGUUCGUGUGCGGCUGCCGGAACUUGGGCGAAGCGCUGCGCCGCAUUGCCGAAGGCGCUGCGAUGCUGCGGACCAAGGGAGAAGCGGGCACGGGCAACAUUGUCGAGGCCGUGCGCCACGCGCGGGCCGUGCAGCGGGAGAUCCGCCGGCUCCAGUCCAUGGACGAGGACGAGCUGUUUGUCGCGGCGAAGGAGAUGCACGCGCCGUACGAGCUCGUGAAGGAGGUAGCGACACUGGGUCGACUCCCGGUCGUGAACUUUGCGGCCGGUGGGGUCGCCACGCCGGCCGAUGCUGCGCUGAUGAUGCAGCUCGGCAUGGACGGCGUGUUCGUGGGCUCGGGCAUUUUCAAGAGCGGGGACCCGGCCAAGCGCGCCCGAGCAAUGGUGCAGGCCGUGACGCACUUCCGGGACCCGAAGAUCCUCAAGGAGAUCUCGACCAACCUCGGCGAGGCAAUGGUGGGCGUGCAGGACCUGAAGGCGGCGUCGGUCAACUUUCGCGACCGCGAGGGGGAACUCCGUGGCGCGUGGUAG